ACCAAAUGCUCUAAACUAUUCUAGCAUCCGACCUGGACACCCGCUGGUACAGAAGCGCAUCCUGUUCUUAUAUGAACUGAUUGAGUCGCCUUCUGUACUGCGCAAAACUCGGAAUCUCAGCUCUUGAGAAACCUCAGUCGCUCAAUCAUCCAAAGUUCCAACUUUAGCUCUUAUCUUCUGGUUUCUUUGGAAAUCUUGCUGUAAUCGGUCUUAGUUGCAGCGGGGACAGGGAGGAUGUCAACACCGGCUAAGAAAAGGUUGAUGAGGGACUUCAAGCGGUUGCAACUGGAUCCUCCAGCAGGCAUCAGCGGUGCUCCAUAUGACAACAACAUAAUGCUUUGGAAUGCUGUUAUUUUUGGUCCGGAUGACACUCCUUGGGAUGGAGGUACUUUUAAGUUGACGCUUCAGUUCAGCGAGGACUACCCAAAUAAGCCACCAACAGUGCGAUUUAUUUCUCGAAUGUUCCAUCCUAACAUUUAUGCCGAUGGAAGCAUAUGUUUGGAUAUCCUGCAAAACCAAUGGAGCCCUAUAUAUGAUGUUGCAGCGAUACUUACUUCAAUCCAGUCGUUGCUUUGUGAUCCAAAUCCAAACUCACCCGCCAACUCAGAAGCAGCACGGCUGUUUAGUGAGAAUAAGCGAGAGUAUAACAGGAAGGUGCGUGAGAUCGUUGAGCAAAGCUGGACAGCAGACUAACUAAAGUCUGAUGUCUCCUCGCUCUGAGUUAGACCAGCUGGUUGCUUCUCUUUGGUCUGCUAAACUCAUUGUUGUUUGAUUCAUGAACUAAACAUGCAAUCACCAUUCACAAUGUUCGUAGGGACUAUGUCUGUUAUCUCUACUCUUGCUUAUAUAUAUAUGUGACAGUGUGACUGUACAUAAAAUCUCCUGAAUCUGAGUUGUGGAACUUGAUGAACUUUCCCCCAGUUGGUGUCACCCUUAGGAGGUGCCUGUUUGGCUUAACUUUUGGAUGUCUAAAACACUUUUAUUACGUCUAUAUGAUUAGGCCAUGUUUUUGCUCUACUGCAGCGAGUGCGAACACCAUGCCAGACGUGGCAUGACUGCUGGCCACUUGACUGCUGGUAUCCUAGUGCAGCUGAGCCUGAAGAAUGGUGUUAAACCAAGUGCUUGGAGGUCUCUGGUUGAGCGGUGAAUGCUUGGUGACGACUCUCCAAAGCUUGAGAACAGAGAUUUAUGAUGCCUUGUUUGUGGACAAGAAGCGCCACAAGUCAUCAAAACAAAAGCUCCCGGAGACCCGGAGAAAUGAACUCCCAUAACCAAAGAUUCGUUGCUUGUGUCACAGUCCAAGGAUGUUGUAUUGAAAGUGAUCAGUGUGAGAUACGAGUCAUAUAACAGCAUCAAUGAUUCAAUGGUAGUAAAGUUAUCAGCAAUGGUUUUAAUGUCACUCAAAUAAUAAUCCAUAAUUGAGAUACGAGUCCAUAAUUGACAACCACCUUAAUUCCAUUGGCUAAGCUGGAUUGGUACACAUACAUCUGUAGAGUGUAGAUUAGUAUCUCAAUAAGAACAUGGGAGUUGCGG